UGACAUGUCACGUGAUUCAAUCGCGCAUUGAUAUUUUUUCUGUACACAGCACAAAUUUACUGUAAUUUUCGGUAUCAUGAUACAUUUCAAAAUGUAUGAUAACCCUCCUGUAAUGAAUGAAGGUACGGAUUUUCUAACUUGUUACCGACUAUACGGAACUAUUUACUACGUGCAAGUAUAUUUCAGCCGAAAUUCGGUGCGCCAUAAGCUUGAUGUAUAGCUUAUAACUUUGGGUCGCUAUUUAGCGCAAUUUCUAUCAAUUUCCAUCAAUUUAAACAGACAAUAUUGUUACAUACUUAAUUAGUUUCUACUUGAAAUACGUUUAUGACAAGCUCUGUACAUUUCUCUAAAACAACUUCUGCUAUCGGGCAGGGAAAGUGUAUUGUUUAUUACACAGACUUGCUGUCUAGUCUCUAUGCAGGCUGGCAGAUAUUAGCUAUUCAGAGAGAAUGUUCACGAAUUAACGUGAAUAAACGUUUGAAGCCGACUGCCAAUAAAUACUUAAUUAUAUCCGACUAAGGAAGAAAAAUGGAUUCGAAUUAUGCUUUUAAACUUAAUAAAUUCCAUAUGUGUUUAUUCAAGUUGGUGAAAUAAUUCUUUAUCAUGCAUAAACAUUUCUUUUAAUUUUGAAAGAUAAAUUCUAUAUAAACUGUAUUUCUUAUGAAUCAAUAAAUCUAAUUUUUGAAUGAAUGGCAACUAAUGAAAUGGAUAUUAAAGAAGAGAACUCUCAAACGGAAGAAAUGCACAAAACUGAUAAAAUUGUCAACGGCAAAAAUGAUUCAAAUCACAGGGACGCAAGCAAUAAAUCAUGUAUCACAAAGGAAGCCUGUGGAACGUUUCUGGAUAACUCAGAUCAGUGCGAAAAGAUUGCCAAUCACUCAGCUCAAUGCAAAACGCUAGUAAAUCAUACAGACCAUUGUAAAACGCUUAUAAAUCUCGAACACUCGGCGGGAGCCGUCGAUUUUAGUAAUGAUCAAUCAUGUUCAAAUGACAGUGGUGCAAACACGCCUUUGUUAUACAAUGGAGACGAUCUCUCUGAAACAUCAGACAGUAUUGCUAGAACAGGCAUCCUUCGUCGAAAGUCGUAUAACAAUGAGUCAUGUGAACAAAGUUGCUGUAGCAAUAACGGUAUCAUUAUUAACAAUCAUGAUUUAAGUGCGUUUAAUGAUCAACUGGCAAGUAGUGAAGAAGAAGACACUAUUGCCAGUAGAUUAGAUAUAGAGAAAAUCAGCAGCAUUAAAAGUAAAAGAUCAGGAAGUCAAAAAACUAAAAGAAAAGAGUCGUUCGAGCAAAGGCUGAAACGAACAUUUACAAUAAGAGAUGCACAUACCAGUGAAGUUACUAAACGUGCUCUAGCAAUUAUGAUAAAAUAUUCUCUUUUCAUCUUCAAUUUUGUGUCUUGGAUUAUGGCAGUAAUUGCUAUUGGCCUUGGUAUUUGGAUGCGAGCAGACAAAACUCUACUGGUAACAUCGAAUACUGAAUUUUACCUUGACUUGCCUUUGUUAACAUGUAUCGGUGGAGGUAUAACGUGUAUAGUGGCUUUCCUAGGAUGUGUCGGUGCCCUCAGAGAAAAUCUCGUUUUGCUAAGAGUUUUUUUCUAUGUAUUAACAUUUAUUUUGAUCGGCGAAAUGAUCUUGGCUAUAGUAGUAUUUGUAAUUUACACCGUACCAGAAGCCAGAGAUAAUUUUCUGCGUUCUCAACCAGAGAAAAUCUUAUCCUCUGCCAUAGAAAGCUAUAUGGACGACACUGACGUUAAAGAAUGGGUAGACAGAAUUCAAUCCGAGUUCAAAUGUUGUGGAAUCAGCCAUACAGACGAAGGGUUCCGUGACUGGCAGAUAAACCCAUAUUUUAAUUGCACGUCUAUGAACAGAAGCAUCUAUCGCUGUGCAGUUCCAACAUCUUGUUGUAUAUUUGAAAAGGGAGAUAGAGUGAAUAUUAUGUGCGGUUUUGAGAUAACAGAUAAACCGUUAAAUGAUGUUCGUGACUAUAUCUACACGAGAGGUUGUAUUAUUGGAUUUGGGGAAUGGCUGGGAAAAUAUAAUGAUUUUAUUAUAAUAUCAUGCUUAUCAGUAAUUACAAUGCAAUUCCUUGCUGUUUUGUCAGCCAAAAUCAUGGUUGUAAGGAUAUGUAAACAGCGGUCAAGAUGGCGUCUCCUACUGGCUGGAUCGUCUACCUCAUGUGCUAAUACUGCAACAAGAAAUACAUAAUAUAACAUUUACGAUAUGUUUACUGACAUAAUUUUCAUGGCAAAACGAACAGAAGUUAUUUUAUAAAUUUUGAUGUUAUACUAUUUAAUGUAACUGUUAUGACAAACUACUUUACUUUACAUCAACUAAACUUAAUAGAGAAAUGUAGAUAUGUAGAAUAAAAUAUUUAUU